GUUCUCUCUCUCUCUAUAUAUCCUCUAAUAGAUCCCUAGUUUUAUUAUCUUAUAAAGCUUUCCCUCUAUGCACUAAACAUUGAAGCUUCUCUCACAUGGCUGCUCAUCCUAUCAAGAAUACCAAUAGACUCUCUCUUGCCAUGGAAAGAACUGGCCAAUGGGUUUUUUCUCAAGAAAUUCCAACUGAUGUUAUUGUUGAAGUAGGUGAAGCAAACUUUAAUCUUCACAAGUUCAUGCUAGUAGCAAAGAGCAACUACAUAAGGAAACUUAUACUUGAGAUUAAUGAAACAGAUCUAACGAGGAUAAACUUGUCCGAUAUUCCUGGAGGACCUGAGAUCUUCGAAAAGGCAGCUAAGUUCUGCUACGGAGUAAACUUUGAAAUCACAGUUCAUAACGUAGCUGCUCUUCGUUGUGCUUCUGAAUACCUUCAAAUGACUGAUAAAUACUGCGACAACAAUCUUGCUAGUAGGACGGAAGAUUUCCUUAUCCAAGUUGCCUUGACGAGCCUUUCUGGUGCACUUGUCGUGUUAAAGUCAUGUGAAAAUCUUCUUCCCCUUGCAGACGACCUCAAGAUCGUUCAAAGAUGUGUUGACAUCGCCAGCGCUAAGGCAUGUGUUGAGGCUAAUUUUCCAAGCAGAUCACCACCAAAUUGGUGGACGGAAGAGUUAACCAUCUUAAACGUAGCAUUUUUCGAGAGAAUCAUGGUUUCAAUGAAAGGUCGUGGAGCAAAAGCGUUAACAAUAGCAAGUGCUAUAAUCACAUACACAGAGAGGUCUCUUCGAGAUCUUGUACGUGACCACUCAGGAAACGGCACCAGAUUAGUCGAACCAGAGGAUUCCGACAUCAGAAUGCAUCAACGGGAACUACUCGAGUCAAUUGUCACUCUCUUACCUGUCGAGAAAGCAGCUUUCCCAAUCAAUUUCCUGUGUUGCCUCCUGCGUACAGCUAUUUUCUUAAGAGCAGCCAAUAGUUGCAAGAAUGAAUUGGAGAAAAGGAUAUCAGCAAUUUUAGAACAUGUGACCGUAGAUGAUCUGCUCGUCUUGUCUUUUACUUAUGAUGGAGAAAGACUAUUUGAUCUUGAGAGCGUGAGGAGAAUCAUUUCUGGGUUUAUGGAGAAAGAGAAGAGUGUAGCGGUGUUUAAUGGUGGUGAUUUUGGAGAAGUUUGUUCCACGGCGAUGCAGAGAGUUGCAAAGACUGUCGACGCCUAUCUUGGUGAAAUUGCUACUUUUGGGGAUCUAAGUAUACCAAAAUUCAAUGGAAUUGCUAUUUUGGUUCCUAAGGGAGCCAGAAAGGCUGAUGAUGAUCUUUACAGAGCCGUCGAUAUCUACUUGAAGGCACAUCCACAUUUGGAUGAAAUAGAAAGAGAGAAAGUGUGCAGUGUGAUGGAUCCACUGAAACUAUCGUAUGAAGCAAGAGUGCAUGCUUCUCAAAACAAACGUUUGCCGGUGCAAAUAGUCCUUCAUGCUCUCUACUUCGAUCAACUCAAGAUAAGGAGCGGCGCAGAUGAUACUAACAAUAACUUGCCAGAAGCCAUGGCAACAAGGAAACAGUUACAAGCCGACGUUUCGCUUGUGAAGGAGAACGAAGUUCUAAGAACAGAGUUGUUGAAGAUGAAGAUGUACAUUGCAGAUAUACAGAAAACGACUAGUACUUCAGCUAAUAAAGGGAGUUUGAGGAAGACAACUUUCUUCUCUUCUAUGUCCAAAACUUUGGGGAAAUUGAAUCCCUUUAAGCAUGGAUCAAAGGACACUUCCAAUAUUGAUGAUGGCGCUUUAGAUAUUACUAAGCCGAGGAGGAGAAGAUUUUCCAUUUCUUAAGUUAAUUAUCUUAUCUAUAUAUUCACCGUAUAUUUGGAUUUAGUUUAUGUUGUGUGGGAAAGAAAACUAUGAUUGAAUUUGUGUAGAGGAUUGAUUCUGUCGUUUGAUUGUUCUCUCUUUAGGAAAAGGAUUGCAUUUAUAUCUUCGUGUUCUUCUGUUGCCUUAAAGUAGAAACUAUUGUUAUUUCAAUACUGUGUUAAUUAAUAUUCAUGUAUACUACGUGAUCAAGGAUUCAAGGAGAUUUCUCCUUUUUAUUGCAUUCAA